AUGCGCGCCGCGGUUCUUCUCGCCUGCCUGCUGGCUGUCCUGGCCGUCUCUACGCCGGUUUCUGGGCAUGUUUGCAAUAAGGGCAAGUGGCUCUACAAGUACCCCAUCAAGCACUGGAAGGAAUACACUUGGAUCAAGGAUCACGCCAAGAAGCCCUUUGCCGAGAUUGCUUUCAUCAAAGCCAUGAUCACCCUUAAGGAGGAAUGGGAUGCCAACCACCCCGGCCUGGGCGGCUGCGAGCCCGUCGCCGCCAAGCCCGUGGGCGCGUGCUACAAGAGCUGGGUGCCCGGCAAGGCUGGCAGGCAGAUCAAGGGCGAGUACGGGUUCACCGUGAAAGUGAAGGUUGUGUGCCCCUUUGAGCCCUUCAAGGCCUGGUACACCAUCGACGUGCUGGCCUACACCCGCCGCGACGGCUCCUACUGGGCCCCGAUCAAGAAGCCCUUUGCCGAGGCGGCUUUCAUCAAAGCCAUGUUCGCCCUUAAGGAGGAAUGGGAUGCCAACCACCCCGGCGUGGGCGGCUGCGAGCCCGUCGCCGCCAAGCCCGUGGGCGCGUGCUACAAGAGCUGGGUGCCCGGCAAGGCUGGCAGGCAGAUCAAGGGCGAGUACGGGUUCACCGUGAAAGUGAAGGUUGUGUGCCCCUUUGAGCCCUUCAAGGCCUGGUACACCAUCGACGUGCUGGCCUACACCCGCCGCGACGGCUCCUACUGGGCCCCGAUCAAGGUCCUCCACUGA